AUGCGACUGCUACAACAUGCCAAGCAGAUCGAUCCAAGUCUGGCUGGCUGGAUCUCUCUAACGUCAGAGUUGCAAAAUAAAACAUCCUCUACAAAAGAGCACAUGCUUCUUAUUAAUGCCCCAAUUGAAGUUCGCAAACAUUUUGACGAGUUUGUAGCAGCAGUUAUCAAAAUCCACAAACCUAGUGCAUUGGAAGAUAUCAACCAAGCGUUAAAUGAGAAUCAAAGACGUGAACACCUUGAAGAUGUGAACUUGAUAAGGAACCCGAGCCAGCCAACAUUUCUGACAGGACGUGUUCUCAGUUUUUCAUGUGAACCAGGCUUUACAUUAGAAGGCCCUGAAAGCAUAUAUUGUAGAUCAUAUCACAACUGGAAUGAUAAUGCAAUACCAAGAUGUACAAGAGGUUGUCCAUAUCCAGGAAAUUUCAAAAAUGGUUACUAUUUAGAUAAAAUGAAUGCAUUUUACACAAGCAGUGGGAAAGCAGUUACUGAACAAAUAACAUCGCACUGUUAUCAAACCUUUAAAUUGCAAGGAAGUCAGAUAAGGGUGUGUCUAAGUAACGGUAACUGGAGUGACAGUGAUCCGAAAUGUGUUCCUACUUUAUGCCUACCACCUCAUGUCAUUCCGCCAAAUGACAGGUAUGUCUUUUCUGAUGGAUCUGAUUCUUCAUCAAAAUUAAAUCUGAUUGGAGUCAAGCUAUUUCUUAAGUGUAUAAAGGGAUAUUCUUCAAAAGAAAAUGAUUACAUCACAUGUACAGAGGAAGGCCAAUGGCACCAUAAUAAGAGAAGUGGAUGUCAAAUUGUGAAUUGUACAAAUCCAGGAGAAGUAGAAAACGGUUUUUACACGUUGAGAAAUAACUAUGAUAAUCAUCCCUAUACAGGACUUAAGGUGUCUUUUGGAACGGCGAUCUAUGUUUCUUGUCUGGAAGGGUUUGCAAUAAGUGAAAAUAGCCAGUUGGUAUGUAAUGAAAAUGGGUCUUGGUCAGGAUCAAAACCGGCUUGUACUAACAUCACAUGUGAUAUUCCUCCAAAAUUUGGCAAUGGCAAAUAUCACUCCAAAAACAACGACAUCCUCGAAUAUGGAAAAGUUGGAUAUAAAGAACAAAUAUUGGUUCAUUGCAAUGAGGGUUAUACACUGCAAACGCAUCCACAAAGAACAUGUAUUAAAUCAAAUAAUUGGACCGGUGAAACCCCAAUAUGUGAGGAAAUAUUUUGUUCUAAACCUUUUCCUGCAUCAAAUGGGACUUACAUGGAUAACACAGGUAAAAUUCUAACGCAAGAUAAGAUAAAGUAUAACAAGACCAUAACAUUUCAUUGUCUUAUUGGAUAUAACUUAACAUCUGGAACAGCAAUAAGGCGCUGUCAGGAUAAUGGAACAUGGAGUGGAACAAAACCAAAAUGUUCGCCUAUAACGUGUACUAAACCAAAAGAGACACCCUGUGGAUACUAUUCUUCAAACAUAACGACAUCGGAGGAUCCUGUUGGAGAAUUCUUGUAUAAUACUACACUUCUUUUUGUCUGCAAUUAUUCCAAAUAUUCUUGCCCAAACAAGACAAAAGAGAUUAGAUGUUCGGAAGAUGGUGUAUGGUCCGAUAACAAACAUUUAUGUGGUGUACUUAAAGACAUCAAACAAGAGCAAACUGGGAAAAACGACACCGAAUAUACGAAUUCAGAUGCAUUAAUAGGUGCCAUUUGUGGUGUAGUCUUUAUCAUAGGAUCUGGAGUCUUUGUCACAUUUAUCGUUUUGAAAAGGCGAAAUAUUUUUAGGCGAAAAAAAUCUGACGAUGAAAGGCAGUCAUUUAGAAGUUCUCUCACACAUGCAACUGACCUGGAAAUAAUUCAUUGA